CGGACUCAGUGUGUAUAUUUCUGCUCAUCGCUUAGAGAUGCUCCUGUCGCGCGGCUACAAUGCGAAGUGCAAUUAAUGUCCCGGGGGCGAGGAGAUGUUCCUCGCCUCUAUAUCUAAUACAGUGAGCCAGCCCUCGGAUGGACGCUGAACUACUUCUUCCUCUCCCUAGCCCUUCUCAAAUCUUUGGACAUAAGAGACUCUCAUUUGCCUCUCUGCAGUCAAACGCUUCCCAUCUAGAUCGCACAAAUCAUGCAUUCUCCUGUCCAUUUAUUUCUGUUGUUGUCUGCAGUAUGCCCUCUCGUGUGUUCACAGGAGGGUCUUACCGUUCCACCACUUUAUCCAUUCGUUAUUCCAGUGUAUGGUCCCUCUGAUGAAAAUUCCUCGCUACCAGAGAUUCCCGCGAUAUCUGGAAUAGGGAUACCAGACCGAUCCAGCAGCUUGGACAUGUUUCGUAUCUUUAUCAACGAUACAACACCGUCCAAAAAGACCCCUGCCUUCCAGCGAGCCAUUGUAGAUGCUUCCAAGCGACCUUUGUAUCUUGUCACGGUUGCUGAUGAGUUCAUCGUCACAUUGGGGUUGAACGCGAAUUUGACCGCCGUCGCUUCACUAGGAUAUAACGAAUCAGAUCCCGUGAACGUAACUACCGUUCCAUUUGGUCUCAAUAUCGGUCGCAAAGAUGUCUUCAAUGGCUCGAUUUCGUUGAAUGGAAAUUACGACGCGAACCGUAUCAACUCUACAUCCUGGAUCAACCUCGGCUUGCAAAAAUCAUUCCUUGAAAGAGGGACGCUGAAUGUCACUGCCAAUGUGCAUAGCAUGAAUGGCAAGAAAGUCAUCGAGACAAAUGCAACAACUAUCCUCAUCGACUUCAACAGCCCAGCGAUCACGUUGCCGAAAGGUCACAACUGUACGGAUCUACAUAUUAGUUCGCUCGACAGCAAUUCGGCCUCCUCAAUUCAUAUUUCCGACUACCUGAUUGCGAAUGAGACUCGAUGUCAAGUCUCGAGCAAUGACGGAGAGAACAGUAAAGUCAUUCUAGGAAGGCCGUUCUUCCAGGCUACCUAUCUAUAUGCCGAGAAAGACGGGAGUGUUUUCCUCGCGCAAGCCAACGACUACAAGCUCCCACCCAAAGCCGAAAAGUUUGACAAGCAAGGAAAAUUGCAGCCUCCUACCGCUCCUGAGGGUUAUGUGUCUCCUGGUAAGUCCUCGGGUACAAUUAUGACAGUCACGAUGUCAAAUGUUUUCCUCGCCGCGCUCUUAGUUAUUCUAUGGGACCUUAAAUAGCCCUGUCGAAGUGGCUAAGGAGUAGGACAUUAUGGGGCCUCGCGAUUUUGGAAUGCGGUAAUUUUCUCCGAGAACGAGUAUCUUGAUCUUUUUCAGCGUCCGUUGUAUAUCCACAUAGUGCGUUUGAAUACAAUCAUUCAUCACUGC